AUGAGAUAUGAGCACUCACGCACACUUUGACGUCGUCAACCAGCUGGGGCUUCGCGUUCCAGUGCAGUAGGCUACGUAUGGCGCAGCGUGGAUGACCAUCCCCUGAAAUUAUCCUCCGCAUUUAACGUUUUCUUUUCUGUAGAAAACAGUUACAAGGGAGUCUGAUGUUGCAAUUACUGCAAUUUGUUCAGAUGGUUUUAUUUUCAAUCGAGACAGCUAGCUUCUGUUUAAUAAGCCUAGCGCAUAUCAGGCGAAUUGGAGGACCUGUUCUCAUUCGCCGGAGAUGAGUCCACGGUCCACGGUCUCUGGAUCCAGCAUCUGAACGCUGAACAGCAUCUCAUCUCCGCGGCUAUAAUAGAAAACCGUUUAGCCUUUCCAUUCACCGGAUCCUGUGUUUAGUCACGGGGGAAAAGACGAAGACGUCCUUCUGUAUCGUUGGUUGUGUUUCAUCCAGCUAUGGGAGCCGUAGAAUAUCGAGAAGAUACGCCGGAUACGAGUGGAUAUCACAGGACACCGAUCAAGAAUGCUCUCGUGUCAGUUAUCUGUAGCUCUCUCUGAUACUUUUAACAUAUUGAGCUGGUCCUCCUCGAGGUUUUGAUCUAAAAUGUGCGAAGACCACUGCUCUGUCAAUUGACUUGUCAGUCGAAACGUACGUCGCUUGCGUUUUCCCUUUCACUGUGAUUUUUGCUCAUGUUCACGCCUGUGGUUCUUAGUCUUAUAACAUCACAGUAUAACUCAAGCAUAAACCGCAGCAACCAGAUGAGCAGGAGCCGAUUACCAGCGCUAUCUGCUAUUUUGACCAGAUAGUUUCCGUUACCUCGCUCAGUACACUGAAAUUCCCGGUUUUCAGUGGAACCACGGAAAAUUGCUACUAGUUUUGAAACCGGUGCUACCUGGGAAAGAACCUGUCAUUACCGGGCUGGAUAUGUUGACAUUAACGUGAAGAUGGGGUUAGGUUUUGGUCUUUUGUGGCUUCUCAACGUAUAUCUGGAGGGCAUCCAUUGCCAAGGAGUCUAUGCUCCCCCUUCUGUGCGCAUCAUACACUCUGGCCACGCGUGUAACAUCGAGGAGGAGCGCUACACAGAGCGCGUGUACACCAUCCGUGAGGGAGAGACCCUGGAGCUGACCUGCCUGGUCACAGGGCACCCCAGGCCUCAGAUCCGAUGGACUAAGACAGCGGGCAGCGCCUCGGACCGUUUCCAGGACUCCAGCGUGUUCAACGAGACCCUGCGCAUCAGCCGGAUCCAGCGGCACCAGGGGGGGCGCUACUACUGCAAGGCCGAGAACGGCCUGGGCUCCCCGGCCAUCAAGUCCAUCCGAGUGGACGUCUACUAUUUGGACGACCCCGUGGUGACGGUUCAUCAAAGUGUGGGUGAGGCCAAGGAGCAAUUCUACUACGAGCGGACGGUGUUCCUGCGCUGCACGGCCAACUCUAACCCGCCGGUGCGCUACAGCUGGAGGCGGGGGAGGGAGUACCUAUCACAGGGCUCCGACAAGGGCGUGGAGAUCUACGAGCCCUUCUUUACCCAGCAGGGGGAGACGAAGAUCUUGAAGCUUAAGAACCUCCGACCUCAGGACUAUGCCAACUACACGUGCAUCGCGUCAGUCCGCUCCGUCUGCGGUAUCCCAGACAAGAACAUCAUGUUCCGGCUCACCAACAAAACAGCCUCCCCCAACAUUAAGCUGCUUGUCGAGGACCCCAUCAUCGCCAACCCUGGGGACACGGUCACCCUGGUGUGCAUCACCUCCGGCGGGGAGCCCUCCCCCACCCUCACCUGGGUGCGCAACGCAGAAGGCCUCCCCAAGAAGAGCGUCCUGAACGGGGGCACCCUCACCCUGCCCGCCAUCACCACCGACGAGGCCGGCGUCUACAGCUGUGUGGCCAGCAACAACGUGGGCAACCCGGCCAAGAAGUCCACCAACAUCAUCGUCCGAGCCCUGAAAAAGGGUCGUUUCUGGAUCACGCCAGACCCCUACCACAACGACGACAACAUCCAGAUCGGGCGCGAGGUGAAGAUCUCGUGCCAGGUGGAGGCCACACCGCCGGACGAGCUGCAGUUCAGCUGGCUGAAGAACGGGCGCCCGCUGCGCAGCUCUGAGCGCAUGGUCAUCACGCAGACCGACCCAGACGUGGCGCCCGGCACCACCAACCUGGACAUCAUCGACCUCAAGUUCACCGACUUCGGCACGUACACCUGCAUGGCGUCGCUAAAGAACGGUGGCAUCCCCGAGAUCAGCAUCGACGUCAACAUCUCCUCCACCACAGUUCCUCCCAUCCUGACAGUCCCGCGCGGGAAGUCGCCACUGGUGACGCAGGAAGGGGACACGGUGGAGCUUCAGUGCCUGGUGUCGGGCAAGCCCAAGCCCAUCAUCCUGUGGUCGCGGGCGGACAAGGAGGCGCCCAUGCCGGACGGCAGCCUGCAGAUGGAGAGCUACGACGGGGUGCUGCGCAUCGUCAACGUCUCGCGGGAGAUGAGCGGCCAGUACCGCUGCCAGACCAGCCAGUACAACGGCUUCAACGUCAAGCCCAGAGAGGCCAUUGUGGAGCUCAUCGUGCAAUACCCUCCGGCGGUGGAGCCCAUCUACACCGAGAUCCGGCAGGGCCUGGGACGGGCCUUCACGCUGACGUGCCGCGUGCUGAGGGCGCACCCUUCCCGCGUGCUCAAGUACGAGUGGAAGCUGGGCACGCGCCUGCUCACCGUGGGCGACUUUAAUCAGCGCGACGACACCGAGUACCACGUGCGCGCGCUCAACCGCGAGGGUUACGGCGAGUACACCUGCGACAUCACCAACGAGGCCGGGGCCGGACGUUGCACCUUUCUGGUCACAGGUAAGGCCUUUGCACCAGAGUUCUACUACGACACCUACGGGGCGCUGUGGCAGAACCGGCCGCGGGUGUACGGCUUCAAGCUUCAGUGGACCCAAAUGAACCCCGGCUCAGUAGACCGCAUCAAGGCCUACAGACUGGGAAUCAAGCAGACUGGGCAACAGCGGUGGUGGGAGCAGGAGAUCCAGCAGGAGGGAAACAUUGAGAGGGGUCAGCUGAUCACAUACAACCUGACCGAACUGAUCAAGCCAGAGGCCUACCAGGUGCGCCUCACCCCCAUCACUCGCUUCGGAGAGGGCGACGCCACAGAGAGAAUCAUCCGAUACAGCGCCCCUGUCAACCCCCACUGGAACAAGUUCCACUGCAGCUUCGAGGAGGAGACCGUCUGCAUGUUCACUCAGGAGAAGACGGAGGAGUUCGACUGGACCAGGCACAGCGCGGCCACGCGGGACACCAAGUACACCCCCAACACCGGGCCCAGCAGCGACCACACCGGCUCCAAACAAGGUUUUUACAUGUACAUCGAGACGUCUCGUCCCAGGAUUGCAGGGGACAAAGCCCGCCUGUUGAGUCCCUCCUUCAGUGUGGCUCCCAAAAACCCGUACGGGACGGUCAGCACCAACCCCACAUACUGCUUCAGCUUCUACUACCACAUGUAUGGCAAGCAUAUAGGAGCUCUGAAUGUGUAUCUGCGACAGAAGGGACAAACGGGGUCAGAUGCAUCUGUGUGGACCCUCACUGGUAACCAAGGUGACCGCUGGAGGCCAGCUCGGGUCAACAUCCACCCAACGUCGGCCUUCCAGAUUGUAAUAGAGGGCAUCCGUGGCUCUGGCAUUGAAGGAGACAUUGCCAUAGACGAUGUGGCCAUUGAAGAGGGAGAAUGUCGUGACCCUCCCCCCAAUAGCAAUCUGAUGUCCUCCGCCUCAUCCACCGGCAGGCAUAUAUGGCAUUUGUGUGUCGCCCUGCUCUUCGUGUUGAUCGGACACCGGAGGUGACCUUCUGGAGGCGAGGACGCACUCCUGGCUCAGCCGCCGCCGCCGCCGAGAAGAGGGAGGGAGAACGUGGGGGGUGUAGGGGGUGAGGGGGGAGGGAGGGAUGGGGGAAUAAAACUUGGCAGACAUGGAACUGUCCAAACGAAACUACCAAAGAUUCAUCCGGUCUAUAGAGGAGAAACAUCAAGCUCCAGCAUGGCUUGCUCUGUGGCCCACAAUGGAAGGGUGAAUACAGAACAUCUAUAAAUAUAUAUAUUGGAGGAGAAAAGAGGAGUAGAGGAGAUGAUUAUCGACAAAACCACAUUGUCAGGACACACGAAAAAAAAAAAAAACUAAGGGUGUGCCCGGAUCCUGUAGCGAGCAAAACUGAAAACUGGACAGGAGAAUCUCUCUGAAGCACAAGGACACUGGUGUUAUUUUCUGUUUGGUUCAGUUCGUUACGUUUCUUCCUCUUGUGAAAAUGUUUUCGGUUUCUUGCGUUCUUUGUUUUCAGUCAUAUCGUGCUCGUGGGGAAGAAGGGCAGGAUGGGCCAGACAGCAAUGGGAGAAAUGUCUAGCUCAUUUCCCAUGCGAUGUUCAAGAGUACAUGAUUUUUCCAUGCAGCCCCUGCUAAAUUGACAGUCAUGGGAAUUGCGAAAAUGACAGCCAUGGAGGAUCACUGCAAUGAAUAUGCUGUGGCAGCAAUCCGUUGUAUUGUUUGAACACUCAAAAUUUAAGGUUGUUGACAUAUCCAGAAGUGACUCCAAUGAAUAUCUUAACCUUUCUUAUGGUAAUUACCCAACGGUCGCCCCCUUAAAAAGCGCUACUGUUUUUUACAUACAGAGAUUAAUGCUUGUUUAGCUCAACUUUGGCAUCUACACAUCGUACUGCCUUCAUGUUUACAAAUGUACUGUAUGACAGAGAAAAAAAGGGAUUGACGCAGUGACGAUUGAAGUCCGAUAUCAUGUUUGACAGGUUGUUUGACAAAAGUUAUCAGUUGAAGUACAAUAUCACAUCUGAAUGGGAUGUAUCGUGCUUUAUCAAUCACUUGAAACAAAUUUGGAUGGCGAUUGGGUGGUUCUUUCAGUUCUGGCCAAUCAUAGCCUUACGUUGGGGUCACAUGUGUGUGCGAUCUUGUGUACUGACAACUCUUAGAGCAGCAUUGUGUGGGUGCAGUCCCGUACUUAAUAGUCUGUUGUUUUGUUUGCCAUUUCUAGGUAUAUACAGAUUUGUUCCAGUUCAGCCCUCAACACUCUUUCUCUCCCUCUCUCUCUCGCUUGCAACAAGACAAGAUUAACACCUUUUCCCGAUACAAAUCAUUGACUUGACCUUUCAUUCCUGCCUGUCUCAAUGAAAGGCAUAAAAACAUGGAGAGGUAAAAAAAAGGGGGGGGGGGGGGGGGGAAUGGAGGGAUAGAAAAAAAGAAACUUGAAUGUCAACCACCCUCCACCCACCUCCUUCUUCUCCUCCUCCUCCUCCUCCUCCUCCUCAAGUUGCCCAUUGAAUAUUAAGCUGUGCCCACUCAAGGUUGUGCCAGUGUGUCAGGUCCGAAGCAUGGCUCUUUGCGAGGUGCAGAGCGUAGGCCACUGUCCUCCCAGUCCCUGGUACUAGACCUGUGAGCCAGGGACAGGAGAAGCUGCUGUCUACCAUCAUAUCAAGUGCCUUUAGACCUUUACGAGAGAAGCAUAAAUAUAGUGACAGACACAACACAAUACAACUACUGGGUCGUUUAGCUACAGCUUAUAUCUCUCCCCAGACACAGUCUGAGGAAAAAAUCAAAUUGAUAAUAAACCAAUGAUUUAGUGUUUAUAAAGGGGGAUUAAUUGGUAGGACACAUUGUGACAUUACUGUAAUUGAUUUUGUAAAUGUGUCUAUUUUGAAACGACUUGAUAGCAAAUGAGAUAAACUCCCCCUCCCAGUCAAAACUUGAGACUUCCGACUAUCUACCCUCUGAAACCUACAACACUGACCUUGGCUGUCUUGAUUUGAGCGUACUCUGACGAAACAUCUGACGAAAAAGCAACACUGUCGGGCAUGCACCCGCCACACUCCCCAUCCUCACAAUGGGCGUGCGAGAGAGAGUGGGAGAGCAUGAGAGGGAAGGGGGAGACAAACACACUUUGGUGCUUUUACAGGGAGAGAGGAGACUACACUUUAUUGCAGUGAUGAGGGACCUCUGGGACCUGAUGGACGAUCUUUGGAUGAAAGGACACUGGGAGGAGAGCUUUUGACUUCGAUAGCCUCUUGUGCGAAUCACUUAGACUUGUGAUGUUUAAAAAUCAAAUCAAAAGACAGACAGUUCUGCAGCAGAAUCACAGACUGCAAGACUGACAAAAAAAGGACCAUAAAGGAAGCUUUGAGUGAUGGUGAUAGAAGGCCUUCUAGAUCCUUCUAUGGGGACAAUGAUAACAACAACAAAAGAUAUUUUAUUACUCUUGUAAGGGUGACUGUGUUUUUACACAAGAACUCUGAGCUACCUGAGGCCAUCAGUUACCUUAACCAGCGGGUUUUUGGAAAUGUAUUGUAAAACAGAUAUCUUUUAACCGUUCCUUAUUGUUCAUUCAUGAAUUUUAAUUUCCCCUCUUGAUUUUUUGACAUCCCUUCCCAGAAAAGGUAUUUUGAUUCCAGACAAUAGAAUUCUUUGCCCUCUGCAGACAUGUACUCAUCAUUACCCCCUUUUUAUUACAGUAUUAUCAAAUAUAUUUAUGAUAUACUAUUAUGAAUAUAUGAUAUAUAGAAGAAAAAAAUAAAAAAUAUAAGAUCAUAUGCAAAUAUAUUUGGUAAAUAUCCUCAUCGAGAGGGUUCUAUUAGAGUUCUAUCACAUUUUUUUGAAGAUUCUUACAGAAAGCACAAAAUGUAAAUUCCAGUCACAAACAUACAUACACACACACACAUACACACACUUUACCCGACACGAGUAAUUCAUCUUUACUAAGUUUGAACCUCUUUCCUGAUGAGGACAGUUCCCAGACAAGCUACUAUACAAGGAAGAGAAGCGUUUUAUGUCUGUGUUCAAUAAAAAUGCUUUCCAGAUACUGUGUGGCUUUCUUUGCAUGGGUUCAUUAAUUUGACGUGAGAUAUGAAGUUGGGUUAUAUUCUCUGUCUCUUUGCUUUGUUUCCUUCGGCAUUGCUUUUGUAUUUGACUGUAUCUGUGAUCACUCUGAAGAAAAUGGACAUCAGUGUUUUCUUGUUUUGAAGGCAGAUGAAAAAAAUUGACCGAUGGCAUUUUUAUCCAGUGUGUUUUACAUAUUUCAAGAGUUAGAGAUAACACAAAAAAAAUCCCCACGGUUCAGGUCUCCCACAGCACUUAACAUACCAGCAAACUGCUUUUCUAAACGAUCCAAUGUGUCAUUUUCUCGUAAAAUCGAAAUGGUUUCAUUUGACCCAGAGAGUAGGAAAGCCCAGAGAUCACUUUUUACAUCCACAACAUGGUACACAUUCUUAGAAAAAAAAAUAUGGCACCUAUUAAACCUGUCAAGUAUUCAACAUAUUUUGUAAACUGUAACUAUCCUCGUCUCUUCUAUUAUAUGAUUUGAAAAGUCCCCGAUGAUGAUUAUAAUGGAUUAUCAUGAAUAAAUAAAUUUCUCAUUUAGUUUUC